AUGAGCACUAAUCAAGCACCCGCAUUUUCACAAUCCGCCGACCCUGAUCGUCAGGAAUGGGUAGCCGCAAUGGCCAAACACGCCAAAUACGAGGCUUUUCGUCACAGAAUGCACAAUUUCGUCACAAAUAUGGAAACCAUGAGAGAGUCUCUGCAAAUCAACUCCCGAAUCGCUGGCGCCGAUACUGACGCCGGAAGAGGUAUGGCGGCGUUGAGUCAGCAGAUGCUCGAGAAGACCGACAGGAUCAAGAAGGGUUUCACGAAGCUCGACGGUUUGUACGCAGAUAUUGGUCGCAGAAAACCGCUUAUCGAGGCGCAUCUCGAACCUGGGGCGAGUUUUAAUGAUGAGCCCUCUGCCCAGAUACGCGUAGCGUCGGACCUUUUGAACGGGUUCGCACGAGGUAUUGAUGUGAUGGACCGGAUGUGGGAUAGCCUGAUGGCUUGCUCGAGACGGGCUCAGAUGUAUUUGAACAUGGCCAGGAAUCAAGGUCGUUGA